CAGGAUACUAUGUCGUACUUUGGCUCUCCUAUGAUGUACUCCCCGCAGGGCUACGGAUAUCCGCGGGGCAUGAUGAUGACGUCGCCGUCGUCGACGAUUUCGACCGUGCCGACUUCGCCGGCCACGCCGAGCUCACCGCGCGAGCAGACUAGCGGCAACUCGGACGCCGCCGCCCUCACUCGUGCUGCGGCAACCGAGUACGACUCGCCGUCGGCGCCGCCGCCGACGAUGGACCAGCUCAACCUGACCCCGGUCCUCACCUCGGGCACAGUGUCGCGGGAGGAGAACGAGUACGCAGCGCAGGUUGCCCACGCCAAGGCCAGCAUCCACGCCGCGCUAGAGAGCCUGGGCGAGAUCCCGGUCCCAUCCAAGGCCUUUGAUGACGUGCUACUCUCGGACCAGCUCGACUCGGCGCUGCCGUCUGCGCCGUCGAUCCUCCCGGACAACGCCGAGGCCAUCGACGCCAUCCGGUCUGCGCCCGACGCCGGCACGCCACGAACCACCUUUGCCGGCGUCCGCGCCCGCAUCGCCACCCUCACCACCGACAGCGCGCUCUCGCCGUCCAAGCUCCCGCUGGUCAACAAGCUGGGCGCGUAUGUGGACGAGGCCGCCGCCGCCAUCGAUGGCUCCCGCGACGUGGCGGGCGAGACCGCGUUUUGCGCCGCCGUCUCACAGCUGCUUGAUAAGAUCGAGGGCGUGCCGUCCGCCCAUCUGGCGCCCGAGGUCCUCGAGGAGGCCCACGCCGUCGACGCCCAGUGCGGCGUCUUUGAGGAGAAGCGCGCCGUCGAGGACUGGACUCUGGCCUGCGAGCAGGAGGAGACCGACCUCUACACCAAAGUCGAGGCCGUGCUGGCAAAGACCGGCGAGGCACAGGCGGUCAACGCUGAGACGUACGAGACGCUGACGGCGUUCAAGGUCAUCCCCGCUGAGCUCGACGUCGACUCAGUCCGGGCGCUCAUUGCCAAGGUCGAGGCCCAGCUCGUCGCCAUGCGCGACGCGGUCCGCGCUGGUCACCGCGCGGGCGCCAUGCUCUCCGAGGGCGUUUCGCGCUAUCUCGACUCGUGCCGCAAGUCGCAGGUCGCUGCCGCCGCCACCGUCGACCGGAUCUCGGCCCACAUUGCGAGCCUCAUCAACGACCUUGGCGACGCACACAUGUCGCUAUGGAAGGAGACCAAGCGGGUCAACGUCGUCGAGGGCACGAUGGACCUCAUUGCCAAGAAGAUCCGCGUCAACGAUGUGCUUGCCGAGGGCGAGGAGGAGGAGGCCGCCCGCAUUCUCACUGAUGCCCGCGCCCACCUCGCAGUCACCGGCCUCACCAACGAGACCAACGGCGACGUCUCCGCCGACCUCGCUGACCUUGCCCAGGCUCGCCUUGCCACCGUUGUCGAGGAGCUGUUCAACAUGAUGGCCGCCCGGCUCGCGCUCACCGCGCGCAAACACGCCAAACUUGCCUUUGCCGCCUUUGCCGUUGAGUCGUCCAUCGAAAUCCUCAAGCAGGAGCGCGAGGGCGUGCUUGUCAAGAAGCAGCGCUCCAACGCUGCGCAACGCGCCGACUGGGUUGCACAGUGCUCGCGCGAGGUUGCCGAGAUCGAAGACCGCAUCGCGUCUGAGGAGCGCCGUCUUGUGGAGGCGCUCCGCGACCGCAUGGCCGCCCGCGAGGCCUGGGUCUUCCUCUUUGACGCCCUUGCCUCGCUCGACCUCCCGCCCCACUAUGUUGACCAGCUCGACACCAUCAAGGCUGCCUGGGACUCUGAGCUCGAGCAGCUCAAGGACGUCGAGACCCGCCAUCUCGCCCGCGUCGAGCUCGAGGACCAGCUUGAUGCCACCUUCCUCUCAGCCUCGUUCAACACCUCGCACUGAUCAAUUGAAGCGCUCCCCCCCC